AGGGCAGGCCAAUAGAAAGACGGGCGCAGUACGCAUGCGGGCUCCGAUAACCUACUCCUGUCGCAAGGAACGCGGCUUAUCUGUCCGUAGUCGUGGAAAAAUGUUCGAUUAGGUCUCCGCUUUUCCGCGUCCAUUCCGUUCGCGCGUGAAGUGUUGUCCUCCGAGGCCUCGCUGAACAGUGAACGAGAGAUGUCCUCCGAAACCUGCUGCGACCACGACCAUAUGCCGUCUCGUUGCUACCGUUCACCUGAAACGUAGACUGGUAAACAUGAAGAGCACAACGGUGACCAUCGAGAGAGAACCCCAUCGAUGUCCCGACUGAGGUCGCGACCUAACCAAAAGAGUCCACGAACUUAGCACAACGAACGCCAUGGAAAGUACUCCUACGACAUAUCCCUAAAAUCAAUCCGUAAGCUGGCGAACGGUUUCCUGUCACACCUGGCCGAACCGUUCAACGAACUUGCCACAUCCGGUCGAGCGACAACGAUCUCCAUGGGUAAUCGGAGUCAUCGCUGGUUCCGUACCUGAAAAGAGUCACGGGGAAAGUAGCCGUUGACAGUGGAGAGUAUCAUGUCAAGAGACAAGCGAAAGACAGCGCCCUACGACAUCUUCUGGUGCCAGCCGGUGUCCAACGGUCCGCCGGAAGUCGAGCGUUCUACCCGCGUGUUUCUCGGCUUUUCAAAGGACACGGUGCAGAGGCUGUGCGGCAGGGUGGCUGGCGGGGGAGGAUGCAUCCUGGAGAGGCACCGUUGAACCGAGUUUGUUCUGGUCAUCGUCAUCGAGGUCUUGGCUCGGGCCGGAAUUCGACGUUGCAAAAUGUUGGCCGAAAUGGUUCGACUGUCUUACCAGCACCGGGCAUUUUACUGCUACGUGAUCCUCAGCGUCUGGAUCUUCCUCCUCGUUGCUGGUAUGUACAAAUACAUUGGCAUAGACGAGAAGAGUUCUAUGCAAACAAGAGUCCUGGGGAAUGACAUUUCUGUUAGAGAAUUUCCUAGAAAUUUGAAAGCUGAUGUGAAAACCAAAAAGAUAUUUCGGUUUUGCAAUCCACCUAAUGAAAUUGUUGCAGAAACAGAAGGAAAAUUGGAUGGAAAUCUAACGUUAGGUGGUAUUUUGGUAUUUAUAAGGCAUGGAGACAGGGGCCCACUGGCUCACAUUCGAAACAUAAGCAUAGUAAACUGUGGUGGGGACUUUAGUUCUACUCCUGAAUUAGAAAAUGUCUACCAGAAUUAUGUGAACUUCCUGCAAAACAUUUCAAGCUACUCUAGAACGGCAUGGGCACAAUUCUUAGGACCCUUCCAUGGUUUCCCCAUGCUGCCCGCCAACUCCAAAGACUGUAGAAUUGGGCAGCUGACAACUCUAGGUGUAACGCAACUCCUAAAAACUGGAAUUGUGCUUAGAAAUGCGUACUACCAUAAACUUAAUCUGGGGAACAGUACUAUAUCCAGCAGAGACAUUGUUGUAUACAGCACCAGAUAUCGAAGGACAGUUCAAAGUGCAGUUGCUCUGUUAUACGCCCUCCUGGAAACUGACGGUUUCCAGAAUCUUGCCAAAAUCAGUAUGCAAGAGAGCCAAAGUUAUGCAUUCUGCAACACAGACUGUGCGUGUCCAGCUGCUGAAAAGUUCUUCAAGCAGCAUGUGAAGGAGAUGUCUGACCACUUAAAAUCCCAUCCAGCAGUGGCAGAAUUGAUAAGGCAGGCAUCCAGCGCAGUGUUCGAAAUCCCAGAUCAGGCCCAGACCACAGAUCCUAACACAUUGAAAGAUGCAUUAUUAACCUACGUCUGCCAUGGAGCUUCUCUACCUUGCGUAGACUAUGACACGCAGAGGGUCUGUGUCAAAACGGAGCAUGUGACAGGCCUAUUCGCAUACAGUGAAUGGGAGUCAAAGCAAGUCGCAAAAAGUAGUAAUCGUAGAAAGUAUGGUUUACUGAGGGCAUAUGGACUCCUCCGGAACAUAGUGUCGUACAUGUUGCGCAUUAUAUCAGAGGCGAAACCAAAAAUAGUGUUGUACUCGGGACACGACAAGACCCUGGAGUACCUGGCAACCGCCCUCGGCAUCUUCUCCGAUAAACUGACCAUGCCUCAUUACGCUUCUCGUUUCGUAAUCGAGGUAUACCGCAUCAAUUCUAGAAACGAGAACCACGUGGCCAGUGACUUUUACUUCCGUGUCAUCGUAAAUGGCAAAGACUACACGCAGAAGAUACCGUUCUGUAAAAACGCGAAUUUCUAUAGCGCCAGUUACAUGGAACGGUCCGACGUCGAGAGGAUCCGCAGAGAUUCAAGAUUGUGCCCGAUAGAGACCAUCAUCCGUCAGCUGCACGACGAUUACUUUGGCUCGUUCAACGCGACGAACUUCAAAGACGCUUGCAGCAGUCGCAAACGUGGAUAGUCUGAGCAGGGGAAAAUCUACGUUACAAUUGACUUUUCCGGACGAGGCCAAUACCGAUAUGGCAGCCGUCGAUCCACAACGUUACAAUUAGUUCGCUCGGGAAACCCCCUUUUUCAGGACCCUGGCACAAAUUACAACGUAGAAGCGUUUCUACACUUUUCAAUUUUAAAUGUAUGCACUAAUUGGAACACAGGAUGUUUAAAUAUACAGGGUUGUCCCAUUAUGAUCUUUUUAUACAAUUGUUUCUCGGAUUGUUGAAUUGAACAAUUAAAAUAGAGAUUUUGAAACGUCUUUGUUGUGAAAAUAAAAUUGUAAAGUGAAGUGAGAAUUACUUUAAAAUUGUUUUUUUUUCGACAAAGAAUGGUUCAAAAGAGAAUCGUAAUGGGACAUCCGACGUAUUCAAAUCGACGCGUUCGAACGUGUCGCGAUCCUUGCAUUGAACAUUCGUUUUUCUUGUAGCUGAAUAAUUUAUUUAACGGUCCUCUGUUCUUAGAGGACACGAAGCGCGGUAUUUAAUGGUAUUUCUCAAGUUCUUCCGAAUCUUGAUCUGGAAUUUCGAAUUCUUGCGACCUCGAACGGAACAAGUAGUAAGUUUUAACGUUCUAUGAUAUUUUACGAAGAAAGUAUUAAGAGUUUCUGUGAGAUUUCUUAUAAUUAGACUGCGGGUAUUUAUGCAGGCAUGAUUUGUCGACUGAUUUACAGGAACCGGUGUUAAAGAGGAAUUUAUAUACUCUAUCAAGGGUUCUAUUGAAAUUUAAAUUUCAAAAAUAAGUUGAGCAUCGAAUCAUAUCGGAUUUUUAAGGUACGCUGUGAACAAAGUAAAAUCUGCAGUCUAACUAUAAUAAACGAUUCGUAAGUGUAGUUUCCGAAUACUAUAAAAUCGACACUUUGCUACGAACAUUUCGAAGUAACGAAGUAAUGAAACCAAAAAACGAUAGUAACGAGUUAAUAUUUAAAAAUAUAUAAGAUUUGCACUGUUUUAGACUGUAAUUAUAAACGAAUAACAAAAGAGAAGAAGCCUUAUUCUUAGGUUACGUUUAUCAAAAUCGAACGUAGCUUUAAAUACAUAUAUUGAUGAUAUAUAUAUAUAAUAUACAAGGUGUCCAAAAAUCACGCGGUACAAUCUGAGAGCGUACGUCAUUCUUCAGGUUGCGUCGAGUGUUUUACGACAGCCAUUACGGAAGCUAGAUGAUUGCCAUAUAUUUUAUCACUCACCUUAUUGUAAAUAUGUAAAUAACAUCGAACUUCUAUGAGCGAUGAUCACGUUCGACCUUUUUUUUCAAGCAUCACUUAACAGCAACAAGAAAUCUAAUUAAUUAGACAGUGUUUAAGAGAAUGUACAAGAAACAAUAGAGUCCUGUAUAACUUGCUAUUCCUGUAACCGUUGAUUAGUAUUAUUUGAGACUUAACGGACUUCCUUUCCAGUGUUGAAGUAAUUCUGAAUUAUGUAUAUGAUAACAGGAUUCAAAAUCCUCAUCGACAAUGACCACUAUUUUGAAUCGCUGUUAAACACCUAUCAAUCAGUGGCAAAAAAGAAAAAAAAGGAGAUAUUGCACAUUUCAAAUAGUAUUGCAACUGAUUCUAAUUGUGAUCGUAUUUAUUAAAAAAGAAAAAUACACAAGGCAACGAGCGUUGUACGUGUCAUUGAACUGACAUAGGAUGAUACUCUUGUUUCCCCUUUUUUGUUUUUGUUAAAAUAUACGAACAAUUUCAAACGAUACGAAUUAUUGAUUAUCCAUCUUUCACUGGUUUUUUAUAAAAAGUAAUUGCAUAGAGUUUAUUCACGAUAUAAAAACUUACAGUCCAUUAAUAAAUAAAUACUAGACAAUUAUUAUAGUUGACAAGGCACAGGUUCACAUCCUUAACAGGAGUAACAGAGUACAAUUAAAAAUAAAAUCUAUCGUAACUUUGGUAAA